AUGAAAUUUAUAUAUUUCAGUUUUUUUAUAAUUUUUGAUUUGGCAUUGUCAUUCAUACAUAAUGCUGUGUUAAAGAUAUCUAUACUCGAUGACACAAUCAACAUUUCAAUGGCAAUGAGAAAUGACAGUACAUCAAGUAAUCCAAAUCUGGACAGACAAACUCUUGCACAAUCUUUAAUUGAAGAAAACUGGGAAGAAAUGUUUGUCGCCGAACCAACUAUAGUGAAUUGUAUUAGUAAUCUAAUGAUAUCAGCCGCUAAAAAAGAUUUUCGUUUAAAAUCGUCGAGUCUCAAUUAUGUCUAUCAAUAUAUUAGAUAUCCAGAUUCAUUUCGUCAUACCAUAACACAGAUUUACAGUGAAAUGUACUCUGUAUUUCUCGGCGCACAUACUAAUAUGGAUCGUAUUCAAUUGAGUAUGAAACAAAUACCACAGUAUUUCAAAACAAUGCUUAAACUACUCAAAUCAGCUUCACCUAGUCUUAUUCUUAGAAUGGUUCCAAUAUCACUAGAUAAUAUUGAAAAAGUGGCUAAUGAUUCUGCUGCUUUAACCAAUAUUAUGAUAAAAAAGUAUGAAAAUUUAACUCUACUUUUACAAGAAACUAUUGAAGUAAUGAGAAGUUCAUACGGAGUUAACAGUACUUCUUUGACAAAUAUUAAUAUAUUAGUAAAUAUGACUAUAGAAGUCAGUAAGUUACAACAACUAUGGAGUCAAAUAGCUAGAUAUUCAAAUCGAAUAAUAAUACGUGUUGAAACUAUUCGUGAAACUGCAUUUUAUGAACUUAUUGAUACUAUUAAAAAUGUUACAUCAAUAAAUAGUGAGUUGGAUGCAGCUGAUCGAGAAUUUUUUGUUUUAAAAAUGCGUGAUACAAUGAUUGAAAUAGAACAAGAUGCUUAUUUGUUAUAUAUUACGACACAAACAUACAAUGAUGUUAGUGCUACAUACGUAACAUCGCAACUUCAAAAUGCUUCCCGAUUUUUACUACUUCAAACUGACACUGAACAACAGACAGCUAUGGCACAAUUAAACCAAAAUAUGUUAUUUGUGUUAGCAGAAAUUUCACAAAUGGUUUCGGAACGAAAACAGCAAUGUCAACAACGCAAUCAAGAAAUACAAGAAGAAUAUAAACAAUUUAUACAACAAAUGAUGUUCGAAGAAUUAACAGCUGGUAUUGGAAAAUAA